UAUUAUGUACUCGUAUACUGGUGGGAUUCUGUCGCAGUCUUUCUGGUCUCUCCCUUUGCUAAGGCCCUACCGUUACUUUCCACUACUGUAUUAUGGUACCAUGUCUCCUAGUGUGGUGCUGGAGUCUCCACCUCCACCAGCAUCCCAAACUUCCGCAAAACUGGUGCAGGCCUCUACUUCAACCUCCAAACUCUAAAUCUCCCGUACCCAGAGGUCGCCUUCACCAUAAGCUUCUUCCAAACCAACCUACAACCUUUCUACACCCUUGGGAAAUAGCUGCACCCUGGCCAAUUCACCUCAGAAGCCACGCACGCCUUCAUACUACCAGCAGCAAAGAAGAACCUGUACAAGUUCUUCACCCAGAAUAUGGACAUGCUUGCACACACCGAAGGAGUUAUGUGAGCGACUGGGUUUACUUAUAAUCCUUCUUAUACUCACGGCGUUCAGACACAAGAUGGGGCAUGAACUUUACCUUCGGAGGGAAAACCAGAUUAUCGCUGUGGACGCGGGGAUGAGUGGUUUUCUGGAGCUUGUUGGGAUGGACUUUAUUGGGGUUGGGAACCGGAGGUUUGUCUUGUUGUGGGAGCAAAGUCCUGUGUCGGAAUAGGCGAAGAGGCGGUGCUUGUUAGCCGUCAGAGCCAUGCGGGAUAAUAACGGCGGAGGGAUCGUGUAUGGUUACGUAACUAGUAAAGAACAGUAGCAGAUGAUCAGGUACGACCGCAUGCCUUUUACCCAAACAUAUCGCUUCCAGGUGUUGGUUCAAAAUAUGGGACAC